AAAAUACAUCGCAAAAUGGAUUUGGCACAGUAUCCGGUGCGUCCACGUGGCAGCCCCGAUGAUCCGCUUGCGGAUCCCUACGAUGAUCCCUCGUACAGCUUCAGCUUUCGCACGCCGGAUCAGUCGCGCAGCGAGGAAAACGAUGCCACGAACAGAAUCAGAGGCCUCUACUCCUACCUGGACGAUGUGGGCGAGCGGCACAGCGUGCGUUAUGCUGCCGGCGCUGGCACAGGCUUUGAGAUCUCCAAUGCUGUGCCCGACAAUCCUGCCAGCGUAGGCUACUCCGGUCCGCUGUACAAGGCACAUCCCAAGACGCGUGGCAAGAUGUCCGUGCAGCGCGGCCCCGGCGGCACCUACAAACUGAUUGCCGCUGGACCGGAUCAUCGACGCGCCGAGAGUCGCGGCUCUGAUGGCCUGGUGCGCGGCACUUACUCCUUCCUGGACGACAAGGGCGUGCAGCGCACCGUCGAGUACAUAGCUGGCGCGGGCAUUGGCUACCGAGUCGUCAACAAUCGCGUCGGACCCGGCACACACAUAAAUCCCUCCGUGGCGGAUUUUCGAUUGAGCGAUACGGAUUUCCGACUGGCUAAUGACUUUGGCAGGGGCGCGGGCGGCAGCCUGGGUGGAGCCAGCGGCAGAGGCAGCACGGCCAGCAGUGUGGCAGGCUCCGGGCCAAGUGGGGGCGGUGCAGGGGGCAGGGGGCGUGCCGGUGAUACAGACUACCUAAAGACAGGAGCUGGGGGCAGGGCUGGGGAGGAAGGCGAUAAGGAAGAAAUAGAUGUUAGGAAACAGGGCAAUGGUGUUGAUGACGACGACAACGGAGAUGACAGUGGAUUGAUCAGCAGCUCGAGCAGCUCCUCAGCGGCUGACCGUGGUAAAGAAGAUCGGCGGGGCUACGCGGCGGGCAGCUCGCAGCGUGGCAGCACCAGAUACGACGGGGCAGGUGGCGGGGGAGGAGGAAGAGGAAGAGGCGGAGGCGGAGGAGGAGGAGGAGGAGGAGGAGGAGGAGGAGGAGGAGGAGGAGGAGGAGUAGGAGGAGGAGGAGAAGGAGGUGGAAAUCGCGGCGGCACACGAACUGGCAGCAGCACGAGUCGUCUCAAUGCCAGCGGCACACGGAAUCGUAACAGGUUUAGUGGCGCGGGCGGUGGGGCCUCUUCCGCGGAGGCGGGCGGCACAAGCUCGGCCAGCGGUCCGGGCGACAAUUACAAUCUGAACGACGAUGAUGUGGGCAGCUCGCUGCCGCCGCUGGUGACAGCCAAUCAUCGCAUAUUGGAAAUCGAUCGGGAUCGGGAGUGGGUGCAGCGCCAUCGCGACUCCACGCUCAUCAAGAAUGUGGGCAAAUGGUAUGUGGGCCUGCCGCCCGGCCAGAGUGUGCGCGCCCAUGUCCAGAACAUUGACAUAUUGCCGCUGGGCGGUCGUAUCACGCUGUCGCCAUCGGAGGCGUUGCGCCAGGACGAGAUGGCCGAGCUGGCUGCCUCCAGGGAGCACUAGACAACGAUCCCCAGCCCCAGAUCUAGCUGUAGUUGUAGUUAAGUAAGCGCUCGCAACUAAGUUAACUGAAUCAGUGUCAACUGCGGUCGGGCCCGACUUCAGCUGUAACCGUAACUGUAACCCUAUUUAUGCUAAA